AUGGGCUGCGGAAACGCCAAGGUGCUGCCCAAGGGCUACGGCAGCGUGGUGCAGUCACUGGUGGCCUUCAGCAGAGCGCCGCCUGACCGCCCUGGCGGGGACCAGGACCUGAAGACCAGAGUGGAGAGGGGGGACUGGUUUUCCACAAAAGGAAAGAAUCCACCAUCGGAGCAGCGGCACCCGGUUGAGGCGGAGACAUACAAGGACACGUUUGAUGCCCGUGUCACGGCCAGAUACCACAUCAAGGCCCUGAUCGGACGAGGCAGCUUCAGCCGGGUGGUGCGGGCCGAGCACAGGACCAGCCGCCGCCCAUUCGCUAUAAAGCUGAUGGAGGUGGAGGCCCCCCAGGCGCGAGAGGUGUGCGAGGUCGAGCUGGCGGUGCUGCGGCGAGUCAAUCACGACAACUUGAUGCGAUUGGUCGAGGUUUUCCAGGGGCAGCGACGGGUCUACAUGGUGCUGGAGUUGGCCACCGGUGGUGAGCUGUUGGACCGCGUGGUCAGUAGGGGGCACUACACCGAGAAGGACGCCACCCGGGCCCUCCAGAUGGUACUUGCCGGGGUGGGCUACCUCCAUUCCCUGGGUAUCACUCAUCGAGAUUUGAAACCUGAGAAUCUUCUUUACUACCACCCGGGCGACGACGCCCGCUUGCUGGUAACUGACUUUGGGCUGGCUACUUUUAGCGGGUCCGGGGCGUCAAUUGGUACCGGGGGUAGCAGCACCUGGUCCUUAAGAACCACAUGUGGAACCCCAGAGUACAUGGCCCCGGAGGUUGUGCUGAGGAGACCCUAUUCCUGCGCUGUGGACAUGUGGGCUUUGGGGGUGAUCGCCUACGUGGUGCUGAGUGGGUCCAUGCCCUUUGAGGACGAGUCCCGCAGUCGACUCUACCGGUCCAUUCUCCGAGGAAAAUGCAGCUUCCAUGGAGAGCCUUGGCCGUCUGUGUCCAAACUUGCCAAGGAUUUCAUCCGGGGUCUGCUGGAAGCGGAUCCAGCUCGUCGUCCGACCGCCGACCAAACCCUCCGUCACCCUUGGGUGGUUACCAUGGCCUCCAGCUCCUCCAUGAAGAACCUCCAUGGAUCCAUAUCCCAGAACCUGCGGCAGAGGGCGUCUCGGAACUCCUCGCGGUGCCAGAGCCGAGGAGGAGGACCUGCUAGACUUCCAGCUGGGAUGUGA